AAGCCAGAAACCAACAACUCUCAGGCCGAAGCUCCCAUCCUUACCCUCCAGCAUGAAGGUCUCCGCAGCCCUCCUGUGCCUGCUGCUCACCGCGGCCACCUUCAGCACCCAGGUGCUGGCUCAGCCAGAUGCAAUUAAUUCUCCAGUCACCUGCUGCUAUACAUUCACCAGUAAGAAGAUCUCAUCUCAGAGGCUGGGGAGCUAUAAAAAAGUCACCAGCAGCAAGUGUCCCAAAGAAGCUGUGAUCUUCAAGACCAUAUUGGCCAAGGAGAUCUGUGCUGACCCCGAGCAGAAGUGGGUCCAGGAUGCUGUGAAGCAGCUGGACAAGAAAGCCCAAACUCCAAAGCCUUGAACACCUACUCCAAAAGCCAAGAAUCUGAAGCUAAUUUAUUGUCUUCUAGCAUUCCCUAAAUGCCCCCUGAUAUUAUUUUAUUAUAGUUUCAAAGAGUAUGAACUUUGUUUAUUGACAUGAAACUUGAUGCUUAAGUAGCGUUAAUCUUAUUUAAGUUAUUGAUGUUUAAAGUUUAUCUUCCACGAAUACUAGUGUCUGUGAGAUAUGGAGACUUGAGCAAACUGCUUUCCUCUGUGAACCCCAGUUCUACCCUUGGGAUGGUGUUGAGGGUCCUUGCAAGGAUCAUUAAUGCAAAACCUUUUUGUUUAAAAUUAUAAGACAUUGCUAAAAACGCUAUUGUGGAAAUGUAUAUUAUGAUGUAACUACUGAACAAUAUAUAUAUAUUUUUGUACAAA